ACAUGUGGGAAAGUCGAUUUCAAGUAGACUUGACGAAAAAUUCAAAUCUGUUUUCAGAAUUCUUAUCACUUUAAUAGAUCAAUUGGAAUGUUUGGCAAAAAUCAAGUCUAAAAUAACUCUGUCUAAAAUCAAUUUUUUGUAAUCCGGUAAGAAGACGGAGGUCAUAUCCACGUUCCCGCGACCGAGAAACGAGCAUGAAGUACGACGCUUCCUCGGAUUCACCGGGUACUUCAGGCGUUUUAUUGUAAACUACGCAAAGCUAGCGACACGGUUUACGAUAUUUACCGGUAAGGAUACGGCGUUCGCCUGGGAAAAUGAACAACAACAGCCGUUUGACGAGCUUGAGCGAAUACUGUGUAGUGAACCAGUGGUCGCUAUGUACAACCCGACGGCACUGGUUACCCACGUACACACCGAUGCCAGCAGUGUGGCGCUGUCCGGAGUCCUAUUCUGCCUCAAACUGUACGCUGUCAUAUGGAUGCUCGACCGGUUGAGACAAUUUUUGCUUGGUAUACGAUUUACUGUUCUUAAAGAUUGUCAAUCACUUAACGUUCACAAAACCACAGGUAGCACGAUGGUUCGAAGUGCUACAGGAGUUAGGGAUGGGGGCUCGUAUGGCGCACGUGGACACGUUGAGCAGAGUCCACGAGGGCCAAAAAGACGACAUCAGCUCAGUUGAGGCCGAUCUGUCAAAAGGGUUGGACUGUUAGAUACUAAAAUAAUUUAAUUUAACAUAAAUAAGCUAGAACUCAUCAGAAGCAAGAUGUUUUGUAUAUAUGUAUAUGUUACGGGGAAAGUACGAAAAUCGGGUAAUGUGAAUACUACAUAUGCCUAUUGGAAAAGUAAAAAUAUUAUUUGUAAAACGUUUAUUUUGUACAUUAUCUGGCUAAUUUAUACACUAUUUACCUAAAAUAAUACAAUACGAUAAAAUAUCAAUAAAUUGUACUAUAAUAUAAUAUUUAAGUACAUCAUGACAAAACGUGUAAACGAUUGUGUUUUUGUACCUAUACCUAAUUUUAAACUCCAGUACCUACGGUGCUAUCGGUUUUCGUGUUCACAUGUUCCUUCAGCUCGUCAAAGUUAUCACUCUGUUUAAUAAAAUGUAAUCUCAAAAAGAGAUAUUUUAUGAGAGUUUCACGAAGUUAAUUAAUGAAAACAAUAAGAAUUCGGUGUAUGUAACGGAAUCAAAAUAUUAUUACAUUUUAUCAGAAAUUAAAAACGUGAAAUUAACAUGGAAAAAAUAUGAAAUACUGAAAUUUCUAAUCAUAAUUUGCCACCCGAAUUUGAAGUGUUCCAAUAAAUAACUAUACCUAUUUAAUUUUUCAAUUUUUUUAUAUAUACAGGGUGAUUCUU